AUGAAAAACAGAACAAGUUUUAUCAAAUCUGUAUCGGGCGUGUGCGCCGGCGCAGGCCGAGGUCGCGAGGACGCAGCAUCGCGCGGCGAGGUGAUCCCUCAGGUGCGCCCCGCGACUCCGCCCCCUUGUUUAUUGCUUAUUAGCGGGCAUCGCGGCGGCACGUUUGAACUGGCGGUCUUUGUUCUCGCCGACAACACCCCCCUUCCCCUCGGACUGGCUGCGCUUGCGGCCGGUCACGACGCCCGCGCAGCUCGAGUAUGCUACGCGAAUCAUAAAUUGUUGCUAUUUGACGUAGCCGGUAUUGGUGAUAUCGAUCUUUGUUCAAUGAUAUCGCUACGUAGGAAGGAAGUGCAAUAG